GAUAGUGGUUUAAGGUCGACCAUAGUCUCGAGCGAAUUAAGUCAUCAACUGCCUGAAAUCAUGAAAGCAGCCAUUCUUUUUCUUGUGUGUAUUACACUGGUGUCAGCAUUCAAACUAGAGAAUGCCAAAAGAGCUACACAUACUGGGCAGUGUCCGCUAGUAGACACGAAUCUCUUCGGUAUUUGCAUGUAUGAUCCUGCAAUAAAUUGUCUGAGUGAUGAUCAAUGUAAACCAACGGAGAAAUGUUGUCCAAGUGGCUGCAACAAGAUGUGCAAGACAGCUGUUCACCAUCAGUUGCUUUUGUCUUAAACAUGCAACUCAAAACAAUCAAUAACCUUACAAUGAUAAUUACAUGUAUCAGUAAAAAUACUGAUUUCUGUUGGUAAAU